CGGUCCGGUCCGCCCCAUGGCGCGGGAGCGCGGCGGGCCCCUCCUGGCCCAGCUGGCCCGGCUCGGGCGGCUCCUGGAGCUGAGCUGCGACGUGGAGGAAGACUGCAGCCGCGUCGCCCGCGGGUUCGAGGCCUGCCGGCAGAGAUGUUGCCGCCUGGGGCUGGACCUGCGCCGGGCCCGCGAGCAGCUGCUGGUGGCGGAGGGCGAGUGCUCGGCGCUGCGGGUGAAGCUCAAACACGCCCGCAACCAGGUGGAGGUGGAGAUGGGGAAGCGGCACCGGGCCGAGGCCGAGCUGGAGAAACAGGAACGGAAGCUGCAGCUGAUCUUUGACUUCCUGAUGCAGGAAUCCCCCAGCGUGGCCCUGAGCGAGGGGCAGCGCUCGGCCCUGGCCCUGCUCGACGGGCCCCGGCUGGGCACGGCCCUGGUGCCAGGGAGCAG